AUGCGGGAUCGCGUCCAGCUUCUACCCUUUGUCCGCCGAAAACCGACUCUACACACCUUCAAAAUGCUUCUCGAGGCAAUGCUUUUCCUCGGCACAACCGUACCCCACGGCGCGAUACCUUCUUUCAUUGCCGGAGAAAUUACCCACGGUUCGGCUCAUCUCGUGUCUCCGAUAUCGUGCCUCUCCACUUCCCAGACUUCGCCUGUCCACCUUACGGCGCAGACACGAACUCGAAUCUCGGGUGAAAACCACGAGCUUGCAUAUGGCAUGCCAUGGCUUAGCAACCUUUCAUUACCUGUCAACCAAUGA